AAAAAAUUACCAAAAAACUCAAUUUGAGCUCCAUCUCAACUAAAGUUUACUUUUAUUUAACACUAAACAACUUUUAAAUUAAUUUAUUAGUAUUUUAGUCUUGGAAACCCUUGAAAAAUGCAUUUACAAACAGUGAAGAAAUGGUUAGCAACACAAUUUCUCUGUUAAAAAAUGAUAAAACAGGAUAGAAUAACUCACCAGCCGCUGCGCUGUUAAUGCUGAUAAAAAUGAUGCUCAAAAAGUCCAAAGUCGUCAUUUUCUAAGCAGAUAAAAAGUCAUAAAGUAACAAACCUCAAAAAUAACUUUGGUUUUUGCCUCCGAUGAAUCCGGUCUCUGCGCGCUCAAUCACACCUGUGCCCGCCCAGCAUCAUCUCAACUCCGCCCGCACACGCACUCAACCCGCACGCGCUUUCAUCGGAAAAAACCAUAGACCGUUUGUAAGAAUAUUCAUGUCAAUCAAAAAAAAAAAAAAAACCUGAAAGGUGUCACAAGGCAAAAUGUGAUUGGUCGAUUCUCUCCAAUCAGCCCAUCUCUCUCUGUCUCUUUGGUUCCUGAGUGACCUUGAUGCCGCAGGUCGGAUCACACCAGACCCCAAACCUUCUCGCUCACAGUUCUACAUCAGGUUGAGAAUCAUUGGUAUGAAUACCAAGACAGGAAACACAACCUGCCUCUGGAAGAGGGAUUUUGUCCUUCUCAUAUUUACUGUGGUCAUGGUCAUACUCCUCUACAGCAUGGUCACAGAAGAAACAACUACAGUGAGGAGUCCAGUCCCAAAGCUACAAGAAAAAAUCUACCCAGUGCCGAUCUCUGAGGAGAGCAUCACUCCGCUCAAAAACACCAAACACCUCCUGGUGUCAGCUUUCAUGGACCAGAGAAUUAAGGGUUUUGACAUACGUAUCAUUGGGAUAUUCAAAAGAGACUCCAUCCAACCUCUUCACUGCUCUUUCUGCUGUGGUAGUGUAUUUAACCAAACCACUCCUGCCACUAUUCUCGUACACAGUGACCACUUUGGUUUUCCUUACGGUGCUACAGAUGUCCUGUGUCAGAUUCCCCAAAACUGUGAUGCUUCUCAUGUCACUCUUCUGACUAAUCCUUCAGCUAACGCGUCUGAACACACAUUUAUUCCUAUAAGAAACAAAAUGAAAAAAACAAGGUUCAACUUCACCGUCUGCAUCUCUACCCUGUUUGGAGAUUACAACAAUGUGCUUCAGUUUGCACAGACUCUGGAAGUUUACAGGUUGCUCGGUGUGGACAGAGUGGUGAUCUAUAACACCAGCUGUAGUCCAGAACUGGACCGUCUUUUACGAAGUUACAGCCAGGAGGGUUUUCUUGAAGUGGUUCCAUGGCCCAUAGGCAAUUUCCUGACACCAUCUAACGGUUGGAGAUUCCAAGAUUUUGGAGGAGACUUGGAAUACUAUGGACAGCUCGUCACGCUUAAUGAAUGCGUGUAUCGGUCCAUGGAGCGUUCACGCUACGUCCUGUUGAAUGACAUAGAUCAGAUCAUAAUGCCGUAUAAACAUGACAACCUGGUCUCUCUGAUGAACACGCUGGAACCACAACAUCCAAAUGUCGGAGCGUUCUUUAUUGAGGAACACAUCUUUCCAUGUAAGCACUUUGAACCAAGUCGGAAGUUUCAUUUUCCCCGGUGGGAGAAAGUUCCAGGAGUUAACAUUCUGGAGCACAUCUACAGACAAGAGCCUGACAGAAGUGUAUACCAUCAAUACAAGAUGAUCGUUAAGCCAAAGUCUAUAGAGCAGACGUCAGUCCAUGAAGUCCUCAAGAAGUUUGGAGAACUUUACAAAGUUCCACCAGACGUCUGUCGCAUGAUUCACCUUCGUUCAGGCCUGCAGGGAUUUUUGAAUGUAGAGGAGCUUAAUGAAGACAAACGACUUUGGGACUUCCAGGAAAAACUGAUUCCUAAUGUGGACAAGGUGCUGAAGAGAGCAGGAAUGAUUCCAGCGGAAGAACAAAACAAACUUUGAAGAACAGGAAGUUUCCUAUGAUAAAAUGCUCACAUUUGUUUUACUUGGUUUUAGGACAAAACAUUGGAAUAUGGGAUUAAAAAUAUUUACAGAAUCAUAUAAGGUGGAGGUUGGGCAUACUUUACCAUGCACACUCAACUGUACCAAAGUAAAUAUAAAAAAAAUGUUUUUUUUUCAUGAGGAAAGGUCAUUUGUUAGCAUAAAUGUGUGUGCAAUAACUGCCCAAUUGUUUCUAAAAGAUGACCCAUGAAAUGAUUCUCAGGGUUUAUAGAAAAACCGACCAAUAAUGUGAACAUUUAUGUUUAUGUAUGGGUUUGUUUAUCUUCAGCACUCUGUAUUUUUCUGAAACUCUGUUUUCUGGUGUUGGAAUUUUAGUAUCUAAAAAAUUAAUUGGAUUUUUGUAGUGACAAAUCAUUCUUAUAAAGAACUUGUUGCACCACUGUAAUCAGAGCUUAAUAUUAUUGCUUAAGAAUGAAUGUGGUUGUGUGUCUGGGCAUUUGGCUGUGGAACAGUCUAGAACAGGGGUGUCAAACUCAAUCGC